UGACGCUUCGGAAGAGAAGCCUCGGGAGCUCCCGGCAGCCACCGCGCGGGGGUUCCUGGGAAGUGUAGUUCCUCCGACGCCUCUUCCUUCGCGGGGGAGACCACAGGAGGGAUGUGAGUUUUUCAGGCUAUAUGGCCAUGUUCUAGAAGCAUUAUCUCCUGACAUUUCACCUGCAUCUCUGGCAAGCAUCCUCAGAGGCUGUGAUUGAUUCAGUGGCUGUGUACAAACUGUAGAAUCAUGUGUCUCCAUUUGUGCUUUUUGUGAGAACUGAAUGUGCUACCUCAUCUUGAGACUAUGGAUAGCAGAUGUUAUGGCUGUGCAUCAAAGUUCAAUGUCUUCAAGAAGCAGUGUGGAUGCAAGAACUGUGGCCGGUUAUUUUGCUCAGGGUGCCUUGGAUUCAGUGCCGUUGUUCCCCGUUGUGGAAACACGCAACAGAAGGUUUGCAAGCAGUGCCAUGGGGAAUUAACAGGUGGACCAUCAAAACCCAACCCAGCUAAAUGGUCCCCACCACAGAAUUAUAAAAAACGCAUAGCAGCUCUUGAGACUAAGCAGAGCCAGCCCCAGGGCCUUCAGAGGAACUUGGUGAAAUCUCAAAGCCAAACAGACUCCAGAUACCAAGGGCUGUCCAAAGAGGACCGAGUUCUAGCAGAGAGAUUGGAAAGGCUCAAGAAGGAGACAAGGCCGAAGUCCAUUCCUUCCCAGGCUGAGAUAGAAUCUAGGCUGGCGGCACUGAAAAGUGAUCCUGCAAGACCUGUUCCGUCGGCCCAGGAAAUGGAAGACCGCCUGGCAGCCUUGCAGGGCAGAACGCUUCCCUCUGCAGCUGUACAACCAGUGCAUCAGCUCUCUAACAACCGCACACAAGCUGAACAGUCAGAAGAUCUAUUGAACCAGAUGGCCGAGGAAGUUGCCAUUGAUGAGAAUGGCGGCUCAGGAAUUACACCUCGAGAAGUUGAAACACAAACUUUGAAUGACUUAAAUCGGACCGACAGUAAUGCUGGCGUUAUAGAUCUGGAUCCCAAACAGCUGGAGGAGGAAAAGAACCGACUUCUGGCAGAGGCUGCUUCUGAGUUGAGGGAGGAGAACACCAGGGCUGAGAAGCUUCUGGAGGUGGCCAAGCGAUUAGCAGUACUCAGGGGCCAAGAUCCUGAGACAGUUAGCUUGGAUGACUACAAACUGCCCAACAGUGAUGAAGAAAUGGAAGAGGAGGAAGCCAUUCAAAGAGUUUUGAAACAGCUUACUGAGGAAGCUGCUCUGGAUGAAGCAAGUGGCUUCAACAUCUCUCCAGAUCGAUCCACUCCACAUCGAAAACAAGCCAAGAAAACUGAUCAAGCCAAGGUUCCACCUGUUGUGAAACCUCCCGUCCUGCCUGCUAAAGUGCCAGACAGCGAUGAAGAAGAGUUGCCCUGGUGCUGUAUCUGCAACGAAGAUGCUGUCCUGCGCUGCCAUGGCUGUGAUGGUGACCUCUACUGCCAGCGAUGUUUCAGGGAAAGCCAUGAUGAGUUUGAUCGGAAAGAGCAUCGAACAUCUAGCUAUCACCCUCCCCGUGAACACAAAUGAGCCAAAAGAUGAAUGGAGAAAAACAUGAAAAGAAAAGGCAUGAAAUAGGAGGAGGGUGAGAAAAAGAAGGUUGGCUAUGGCAACAGUGAGCUGGAAGCCUCUUGGACCGCGAAGAGCAGCUUCACAGAACUGAGAAGAUUGAAGGGCAAGCCAUUUUCUCUAGUGAGAUCAAGGCAGCUGCUGCAAAGAACAAUGGUACACUGCAUACAACUUGCCUUGUGAUUCACGUUAAGGUUAUGAAGAAUGGCAUGCUUAAGGUAGUGGACUGUUCUUCUUAACAAGAUGAAUUCUGACAUGAGAAGAGUGUGAGACCUUUAUUCCUCUGCUUAGUUUUCAACAAAGCAAUUAAAUUUGAAUCUCACAGUUUAAAAAAACACUAUUACUUGAUUUUAUGGCACUUUUUACAAAACGGCGUAAUUCAUUCUUCACAAUAACGUAUUAUCCUGAUGCCCUUGGACUUAACAAUUGUGGCUCAGUGUUCUUGUAGUCUGAACUAGAACUUGUGCUAUCCACACUUAACAUAUUCACUCCCCUCUGUCCUUUCUUUACUCGAAAACAUGGCAAGUGUAUUUGUCUUUCCUGAGCAGAAAAAAAUUAUUAUAAAUGGGCAAAUGGAAUACUGGUUGGCAGGAUUAGUAUCUGUAAAGUGCUUUUAUUGAUCUAGGUUCCCUCCAUACUAUACAAUUAUAAAAUGCUCUUUAACUGUCAUAGCAACAUCCUAUGGAAUCAUGGUGUUCGGAGCCUGGUGAAAGAUAAGAGAUAAUCUGGAAGGAUAUUUCUAAAUAAUUGUCUAUAAUUGGAUCGUAUUACAGGGUGAUUGAUCUCAAAAUCUGAUAGUAAAAGUAGUUUUGUGUCGUCUUUU